ACUUCUCGGCAUCUUCUGUCUCUGGUGAAAGGAAUGUGAAACGCGGAAGUUUCAGAUUUUGUUGCAGCAACCUGGAAGUGCUUUGUUACCCACAUGCGUUUCCAGCAAAAAGCAUGCCUAUGAGCUAAGAAUAAGUCCUGCACUGAGAUUUUUCGAGCUAAAAACUGGUCAAUGUCCAUUUGUAGUCACUGGGCAUUAUUAUCUCGUGACAGAAAGCCUACUCAUGUCCUCACAAGACAGUAGUGACGGGCAGCAAUGCCCCCUGGUGGUGGUUGGGGAAACAGGCUUCCAGGUCUCUGAUGAGGUCUACACAGUCACUAUUGGAGCAACAGUGCCUACAGGGUUUGAAAACACUGCUGCAGAGGAAGUCCAGGAGAAGAUUGGGGCUAAUGCAAAGAUUAGCAAGGACCGUGGUCGAAUUUACUUCCAAAUAACCACUGAUAAGCUCUCUCAGGUCCAUCAUCUAAGGUCUGUGGAUAACCUGUUUGUUGUGGUUGAAGAGUAUGACAACUAUCAGUUUAAGGACUCCAAGGAGGAGACAUUGGAGGAUUUGCAGAAGCUGGCUUCCAAGCUGCCAUGGAGCGACGCAUUAAAGGUCUGGAAUAUGAAUACCACUCUGAAGAAGAAGAGGGGACCCCAUAGACAACCCCAGGGUCCCAGAGGUAGAGGGCGAGGUAAAGCCAACAAAGUUACCCUAGAGACGGACACCAUGCAAACUGAGACCAUAGAGGCGGAUAUCGUUGAAACUGACACCGUGGAGACGGACACCGUGGUGACGGACACCGUGGUGACGGACACCGUGGAGACGGAUGCCAUUGACACCGUGGAGACUCUCACCACGCAGGAAGAGGAGCUAGAGCUUGAGGCACCUACUGCAGACCAGGGUGAGGGGGCUGGGGGUGUCAGGACACCUGCCCUGGAAAUCCUGGGUGAACAGCAGGAGGUGCCGGGGCAAGAGCUUGGAGCAAAAGUGCUAAAGUUCCGUGUGACGUGCAACAGAGCAGGAGACAAACACAGCUUCUCCUCCAAUGAGGCUGCAAGGGACUUUGGUGGGGCAGUGCAAGAACUCUUCCAGUGGAAGGCAGAUAUGACCAAGUUUGACAUUGAGGUUCUGCUAAACAUCCACAACGUUGAGAUGGUGAUUGGCAUUGCCCUGACAGAGGAGAGUCUCCACAGGAGAAACAUCACCCACUUUGGACCCACUACACUCCGAUCCACUCUGUGCUACGGCAUGCUCAGACUCUGUAAGCCUCAGGCGUCUGAUGUUAUACUUGAUCCCAUGUGUGGAACGGGGGCUAUACCUUUAGAGGGAGCCAUUGAAUGGCAGCAAGCGUUUUACCUGGCUGGAGACAACAAUGACAUGGCAGUUAGUCGCACAGUCAACAACAUCUGUCACAUCCAGAAGAAGAGGCGAGACAAGGGCAGUAUAUCUGGGCUGCCUAUAGACACGGUGCAGUGGGACCUGUGUCAUUUACCCAUGAGGACCAGUUCAGUGGACAUUAUCAUCACUGACAUGCCCUUUGGAAAGAGAAUGGGUUCCAGGAAGAACAAUUGGGACCUGUACCCGUCCUGUCUGAAAGAAAUGGCUCGUGUGACCAGACCAGGCUCUGGAAAGGCUGUUAUCCUAACCCAGGAUAAGAAAUGCUUUCAAAAGGCCAUAUCAAGGAUGGGUGGACUCUGGCGGAAACACCACACUGUCUGGGUCAAUGUAGGGGGUCUGCACGCUGGGGUGUUCCUCCUCAAACGCACCCUGGGGAUCUUUGGCCAAAUCGCUGAAGAUUCACGAGAAGGAAAAGAAUCAAAACCACAUGAGGAAAAACCAGGAGAGGAAAGGAAGAAAGAAUAAGUGACAAAAUUGUCUGGUCUACUGAAAUAAAUCUCAGAAGGUUAAGAUUUAGCUCUGAUGCCAUUAUUUAUUUUCUUGUCCUAUUUUAUAUAUUUUUUUGUUAACAGUUAAAAGUGAGUUUCUCGUUGGAUAACUUUUCCUAAGGUGUACUGUAUUGUUAUUUGGUUGUAUUAAGUGAAAACCAUUUUGGCAGCCUACAUAUUAAAUCCUGUUCCCAUUUAAAGUUAAAAAAGCCUUAUAAAAUGCUUUGUAAAUAGCUGUAUAUCUACGCCUGAGUGGGAAAGCAAGACUAUUGAUGUAAAGUCCAUUGUGCUGUCAAGGAAAUACGUUAAGUUAAUGUACUGUGAUGAAAUGCCCAUAGAAGCAUAAUAGAAGUGGCAGUAAAAAAUUUGGGACAUUCCAAAAUUGGGGAAUAUUGUCAGCAUUUCCUGUUUGUCACACAUUCAGCAAUAUAAGGAUUAGACACUUCUAAAAACUUUAAUGAGAAAGUCUUAGAUUUUUUUAUUCAGCUCAUGAUAAAUGGGGGCAAAAACAAAAGUGUUGCCUUUAUAAUUUUGUUCGGUGUAUGAAGGAAGUGUCAAGGAAAUCAAGGAAAUAUGGCGCCUGCCUGCUGACAUGUUUACAUGAAAACAGUCACGUAUAUUAGAGGUCAUGAUCAGUGAUUUAACUCACAAACUGAGAAUGAGGCAGACUGAAUCCUGUUUUGCAACAGCUGCAGACAAAUUAGUAGAGGGGUAAGACACUUGUCAUUGUUUAUACAGCUGGUUGAAGCAUGAGUAUGCGUAAGCCCAUCUGUAAGUACUAACAAAACAUUACAUCAUCUAGGCAUGUUUGGUAACAACACGUUUCAUUACCAUGGCAGUUUAUCUCAGUGUGGUUAUAUUAAUGUAGUAGUUACUAAUGUUAGCAAUGUUAGGCCUACAUGUGUCAUGAAAACAAGAUUUUCUCAACGCAGUCUAGAACAAGCAAAUUCGAGUGAACGUAGGUAGGGGAGACCGAAGAUAGUUGUAACAUUUUGUCUGGAUCUUGAAGCUCUUUUAAGCCUGUGCAUUCAAAAUUGCAUAUAAACAAGUUACAUGUGCCUGCUA